CAAGAAAGAUGGCGGCGGAGGAGAGCAGGUUGAGGCAGCGGAAUCACAACAACAGCGUCUUCAAAGCAGGUGGUCACGGGUUGAAAUCGGACAAAUCCCAGAUGAGGUGUGAGACAGAGGACGACAACCUGCUGGAGGAGGAGGAAGAGGAGGAGGUGGGCGUGGCCCGGCCGGUGCAGAUCGUGGUGGCGGACGAGGAGGAGCACUCGUUCUGGCUGCAGGAGGAGGCGCUGGAGCGGCUACUGCUGCAGGAGGAGGUGCAGGACCUUCAUGUGGUUGUCGUCUCUGUGGCUGGAGCUUUCCGCAAGGGCAAGUCCUUCCUGCUGGACUUCAUGUUGCGCUACAUGUACAAGCAGUCGUCCGAUUCAUGGGUUGGCGGUGAGGAGGAGCCUCUGACCGGCUUCACCUGGCGGGGCGGCUGUGAGAGGGAGACCACGGGCAUCCUGGCCUGGAGCGAGGUGUUCGUGGUGAACAAACCAGACGGCAGCAAGGUUGCAGUUUUACUAAUCGACACACAGGGGGCGUUUGACAGCCAGUCCACCAUCAAAGACUGCGCCACACUGUUCGCCCUGAGCACCAUGACCAGCUCUGUCCAGGUGUACAAUCUGUCCCAGAACGUGCAGGAAGACGACCUUCAGCACCUCCAGCUUUUCACCGAGUACGGACGCCUGGCCAUGGAAGAAGUCUAUGAGAAGCCCUUCCAGACUCUGAUGUUUCUGAUCAGAGACUGGAGUUACCCCUACGAGCACUCAUAUGGUCUGGAGGGGGGACACAGCUUCUUGGAGAAACGACUACAGGUGAAGCAGAACCAGCACGAGGAGCUGCAGAACGUCAGGAAACACAUCCACUCCUGCUUCUCCAACAUCAGCUGCUUUCUGCUGCCGCACCCCGGCCUCAAGGUGGCCACCAAUCCUCACUUCGACGGCCGGCUCAGAGAUAUCGACGAGGACUUUAAGAAGGAGCUGGUGAACCUGGUCCCAACGCUGCUCUCUCCAGAAAACCUGGUGGAAAAAGAGAUCGGAGGAGUCAAAAUCACCUGCAGAGACCUGCUGCACUACUUUAAAGCCUACAUGAAGAUCUACCAGGGCGAGGAGCUUCCUCACCCCAAGUCAAUGCUUCAGGCAACGGCUGAAGCCAAUAACCUUGCAGCUGUAGCAGGAGCCAAAGAGGUGUACAACAAAGGCAUGGAGCAGGUCUGUGGAGGAGACAAACCCUACAUCUCCCCAGCAGAGCUGGAGCGCCGUCACGUGGAGCUGCGGCAGGCGUCCGUGCGACAUUUCCGCUCUGUCAAGAAGAUGGGCGGCGAGGAUUUCUGCCGCCGCUACCAGGAGCAGCUGGAGGCAGAGCUGGACGAGGCGUACACCAACUUCAGCAAGCACAACGAUGGCAAGAACAUCUUCUACGCUGCGCGGACGCCCGCCACGCUGUUCGCCGUCAUGUUCGUCAUGUAUGUGGUGUCGCUGGUCACCGGCUUCGUGGGCAUCAGCUCCGUGGCCACGCUGUGUAACCUGGUGAUGGGAGUGGCCCUGACAUCGCUCUGCAUCUGGGCGUACGUCAAAUACUCUGGGGAGUUCCGCGAGGUGGGAGGAUUCAUCGACCAGGUGGCUGAAACCCUCUGGGAGCAGGUCUUCUCCAAACUCUUCGAGGUGGCUCGGAGUCGAGUCCCGUUGGGAAGCCUGGUCCCGGUACCACGACCCCGGCUCGCCUCGAACAACAACGUCAAGAAGAAAAACUAGCAGCACACCGCGCCCGCCCGCUCACGUUUGUUUCCCCUCACCUCCACCUUGUUUUGAAGCAACAGUUAAGAAGCAUAAAAGCGUUUUGUUCUGACCGUAGAUGAGCGUUCCUCACCAUGCCGGCUGUAGGUGUCAGGACUUGCUGUAGGUCUGGAUGAAGCAGUUUGAUGUAUUUUAAUAAUGUCACUGGGUGGGUAUUUAUUUGUGGGAGGGCCGUUGUUCUGUCACCGAGUGUUAUCCCAGGUGUUUGUCCUCACCUGCUGGAUGGUCACUCCACAUUAUGAUUCCCAUGUAUGUGAAUGUAUGAAGAGCAUGACCACAGACCCUUCCCACUGCUCUCCUCGUGGUUCCCUCCUCUCCUUCUUCCUCCUGUCUUCAUCAGGGUUGUUGCUACUGCUGGGCGGCAUCACGAGGACGAGUUGCAACCAAAGUUUACAGCUUUACUUGUCGAGGCUCUCAGACUGACCAGCAGCUGCAGCAGGAAGGUUUUUAGAACUCCAGGCUCAAAGGUUUUGGGGAAAUUUUACUGUUUUUCUUUUUUUUUUUUUUUAACUUACCCAGAAUCAGAAAACGUCAGAUGAGUUUCCGUUCAGACUGAAGAUGUACCAAAUAGUGAACUCUCAAAGUGUGAUCCUCCGACUUUAAUGUCCUUUGAAGUCACCUUUUAAUCUGUCAAGAGACGGACAAAGAAGCGCUGAUCUGCUCCAGGUU